AGGUGGGGGCACCCGGCGGCCAUGGACCAGGACGAGAAGAUGAACCCGCAGGGCGGCGGGGAGGAGGCGCCUGCUGCGGAGGAGCCCGCGCGGUGGAAGACUGGGGACCGCAUCUACGCCGUCUGGGCAGGAAACGGCUGCUAUUAUGCUGCCACGGUGACGGAGGUGCAGGAGGAGAAGCAGUCCCUCACCGUCGAGUGGGACGACAGGGACGGCUCCUACAGGACCAUACCUUUCUCGCAGGUGAUGGAGCCCUCCGAGGACACCGUCGCAUGGAGGCCAGCAAGGAUAGACCGGCGCGCCUCGGUGAGAGACAGCGCGACCAAGGGCCGGUGCCUAUUCACGAAUGAGGCGUGCGAGCCCGGGCAGGUGGUGUUCGUAGAGAAGCCCGUGCUGGUGGCGCUGCCAGCGAUGAACCAGCCCCUGUGGGACCACCUGCAGAAGCUGCACGAGGCGCAGCCCCUGAACCUAGGCACCGUCACCUUCCACUACGCGGCCCUGCUGUCGCACCUGAAGCUGGGGAAGGACGACAUCCGCGUCAUAAUGGACAAGUUUGUGCCGGAGCCUGACGAGGAGCCGGGGGAGGACGUCGUCAGGAUCUUGGAGAGCCUCAGGGUGAACAUGGCGGACGCUCUGUCGCUGAAGGAGCGGCCCGUGGACCCGAGGGCGAUGCAGAGGCUCGUGUCCGCGUGGCGGUAUAACUCCUUCGGGCACCACAAGGAGGACGGGCUCGUCUUGUACAACAGGAUAUCCAUGUGCGCGCACUCGUGCGACCCGACCUGCUGCUGGUCUUAUGGGGAGGAGGACGCCUUCGUGCUCCGCGCGAGGGUCGCCCUCAAAGAGGGGGGCGAGCUGACGAUCUCGUACCUGCAGGACGAGGAUCUGCUUAAGAGCAUCGCGGUGCGGCAGCAGAAGCUGCAGAACUGGCGAUUCACUUGCAUGUGCGAGCGGUGCUCCCUGCAGAUCGACGCAGGGCGCGGCUUCCGCUGCAGAAGGUGCAGAGUGGGCAUAUUGUUCGCCACGGUGCAGGGGACCCUGGAGCCGUGCCGCGUCUGCAACGCUUCGGCCGCCGCCGAGGACCAGACGAUGUUGGUGCAGCUGGAGACCGAGUAUCAGACCCGGGUGGAGAGCCUCGACAAGACAGACGUGUCAGAUGUAGAGAGAGUCUACCAGGCCGCUAUCGACAUCUUCGAGCGGCACUGGAUCCUGUAUGUCAUGGACACCAUGCUCUGGGAGGUUUACCGGGAGAAGAAUCUUCCGGACGCCAUGGAGCACCAAAGGCGGCGUAUAGAAUUCCAUGAGCACUACUACUGCAGGCCGACCUUCAUCCUGGCGUGGUGCCACGAGGAGCUCGGAGACAGCCUGCAGAACCAGUUCCCCGCCCGGAAGUGGCAGUACAUGCAGGAGCUGCAACGCGCCUACCAGAUGUUGGCCAUCCUGUGCGGAACCAACCACCAGUACACGGCCAGCCCCUACAACAAGAUGUGGCAGGCCAGCAAUUCCACGAAAGACAAAGACACCAACAACACAGCUGCAACAACCAACAACCACAAGGACGUGCCGACCCGCGCCUGUUCUUGAUAUCCGCGUUCCACUCCCUUGCGUGCUGUUGGAGAUGUGAGUGGAUGAUGCGUACCUGUAUCUGACAGAAUGUUGAGGAAGCUGCGUGCAGGCAGAGAAUCGCCGCACGUCCAUGGUUGCGUCCAUAGUUAGAUCUGCAAUGGUGGUCCAUCACGAGGUCGAAGGUUGACGGUACCGAGGCAUGUCGCAGUGCUGGUGCAUACGUUAUGUGCGUUUGAUGAGUGUACCCGUUUUUACAAUUGACCACACAGCACGGACAGCAUAGGUGAUUCUGAUAACAGGUGCUCUCGGUGGUGUGAACGAGUCGCAUGUGCAGCGCAGCGAAGUGUCGGCGCCAGAGCGCGAUGGUCCAGCGAGCGUGUCACACUGAGGAAGAUUGAUGAUAAGGUAGGGGGAUCGUGGGACGAUGCUUUGGCAUGAUGGCGGGAUAUGUGUCGUGUGGAGCGGUGUGGGCAUAAUGGUGACGGUGAAGGGGGAUUCGGAAGAGAAGGAAUUGCAGCAUGGGAAGGAAAGUGAUGUGUUUACCCAAGCAGUUCGUCACUUAAUGUUACAUUUUGAGGACGUCGUUCUACUUUCAAAUAACGGUAACCUGCGUUGAAGACUCGUGUCGAAGACAGCUACAUCUGAAUACGUGUCGCAGCGGUUUCAGCAUAGCAUGUUCAGGGCCGCAGGUCGCGCAAUGUUACAGGAAGAGAGUUGAUUGGUCGAUUCCACAACAAACGUUCCUGCGAACUCGUUAGCCUUAGUGAGUACGGAGCCAUUUAAGUGUUGGCGCUCGAAGCUUGAAGCCGCCCCCAGAUUUGUAUUGUCCAACAUACGAUUCAGUCAAAAUGGGUUCCCACUCCGUUUAGGUUUCCUGGCCCGACGACGCAAGCGCAUGUGUCCAGCAUUUCUCUAUCGCCAACCAAUCG